AUGGAGGAGAGUGUUGUGUUAAAGAUCAUUAAACAUUACCAAGAAGAAGGACAGGGGAAUGAAGUGGUCCAGGGAGUGCUGCUGGGUCUUGUGGUGGACGACAGACUUGAAAUUACGAAUUGCUUCCCUUUUCCUCAGCAUACAGAAGAUGAUGCAGACUUCGAUGAAGUUCAAUACCAGAUGGAAAUGAUGCGAAGCCUUCGCCACGUAAACAUUGAUCAUCUUCAUGUUGGCUGGUACCAGUCCACAUACUAUGGCUCUUUUGUCACUCGUGCCCUCCUGGACUCCCAGUUCAGUUACCAGCACGCAAUUGAGGAGUCUGUAGUUCUCAUUUACGAUCCCAUUAAGACUGCCCAAGGGUCUCUGUCACUAAAGGCAUAUAGGCUGACUCCCAAACUGAUGGAAGUUUGCAAAGAAAAAGACUUCUCUCCAGAAGCCUUGAAAAAAGCAAAUAUUGCUUAUGAAAACAUGUUUGAAGAAGUGCCCAUUGUAAUUAAGAAUUCAUACCUGAUCAAUGUGAUGUUGUGGGAACUGGAAAAGAAAUCCGCAGUAGCCGAUAGACAUGAAUUGCUCAGUCUGGCUAGCAGUAAUCACCUAGGGAAGAGUCUGCAGCUGCUGAUGGACAGAGUGGAUGAGAUGAGCCAAGACAUUGUUAAAUACAAUACCUACUUGAGGAAUGUGAGCAAACAGCAGCAGCAGAAACACCAGUACCAGCAGAGACGUCAGCAAGAAAAUAUACAGCGUCAAAGCCGAGGAGAAGCCCCUCUUCCUGAGGAGGACAUCAAUAAACUUUUCAAACCACCGCAGCCACCUCCAAGAAUGGAGUCACUCCUUAUUGCAGGUCAAAUUAAUACCUACUGCCAGAAUAUUAAGGAGUUCAAUGCACAGAACCUGGGCAAGCUUUUCAUGGCUCAGGCUCUCCAAGAUUACAACAACUGAAGAAAUUUUGCUGUAGCCCUCAACAGGAAGACUUUCAGUUCUAUACUGUUCAUGAUCCUCUUGAAAAUUUAGUAUAUUGGAAAGAGAGUCUUGUAAAACAGUGUCACCUUGGUUUGUGUAGAAUUCUCCUGUAAGAAAAAUAAAGGCAAAUUUUAACGAU